GACAGUAACUUUCGGUUUUGAUUUCGCCGGAAAGCGGAAGGGCAGGGACGGCUAGGCGUUGGUCAUCCAGCUGAUAGGACCCAUAUAAGGUCUCAAUGGCCUCGAAAAAACAUAUAAUUGAAAACUUAGCGGCAGAGGACAUGCUUUGUGAGCUUUGCGACUUUGGAAAUGUGGCGAGCCAUCACUGUGAUGACUGUCUGGUGAACCUGUGUGACCGUUGUGUGGAUAACGUCCAUCGCAAACUCAACAGAAAUGGGGAACACAGUCUCAGCAAAGGUGUGGCCCGUUAUGUGAUGGAGUUCGAGCUCUGCCCAAAUGAUGGCGAAAAACUGACCACGUUUUGCCGGGACUGCAACGUCAGAUUGUGUCAUGAGUGUGAUAUCACUGCGAAGUUGCAUUCCUUGCACAACACUGUUGGUCUCAAGAAUUACGUUGUGCAGGAAAAGGAAAAACUGCUAGGGCAGCUAGAUGAUCUGACCAGUAAGACAGCCAGGUUGAGCUACUACACUUGUGACAUCCAAAGCACAGCACUGAAUAUUGAGCUUAAGUGGCUGCAGUACAAAGAGCUUAUAAAGCAAGAGUUUGCAUCAUUGCUUGAGACCAUUCUCGACCGUCAGCAAGAGCUUUUAGCCAGAAUGGAGCAGGAAGUUCAGAAAUCUUUGCAAGACCUUAGAGACCUGGAGGCUCACUAUGAGGAGAUAUUGUCCCAAACAUGUGACUUGUCUGAUGAACUGAUUACUGCGGUGCAAAAUUUGUCCAAAACAGAAUUUCUGCAGAGUCAUGGCGCCUUUAAAAACAGCUGUGAUAAGCUGGAGGGUCAAAUACAGAGGCUACAGUCAGCAGCUGAUGUCAUCCCAGCGUUCCUAGCGGUUCCCUUCAGUCUCCACCAGGAGAAGGUCCAUCUCGACUCCUGCCUUCAAUUUGGAGCGUUUGCAGAUUCAAUGGAGGUCAAGUCGAGAAACAGCCACCAAUUUAUUCGGCCAACGAAGUUUACUAGUUUCCCGGCCGUUCAAGACCUCUUCAUAACACCCUCCUCGCUUCCUCCUUCAACAGUCAUAAAAUACUACACAGAAAUUUACACAGGUGGAUCGAGAAAGGACCUGUUUCACCGUUGGUUCUCUCCUCUGUCGGAAUACGAGCCAGUCCUGUCCGCAUUUGAAUGCUUGUCUCUGCAGGAGGACACCAUGUAUUUGGUGAAAGUAACCCCAGAGCUGGUAUGCAACACGCACAAAGGGCAUGAGAAGCUGAAAGGUCGUACGGUCACCGCCAUGCUUCUCACAUGUACAGACAGAAAUUUGUACAAAAAAGAAGACACGCUAACUACCCCCGGAUAGUCUUGCAUUCUGCAGGAUGCUGCAGUUCAAAGGUCAACGUUUUGUCGAAGCGCUAACCAAUGUUUUCGACAUGCAACCAUUCCGUAAUUUCAAGCAACUAUCUCUCCGACAAGAAAACUGCUCUGAAUGAAAGCUAUUCUGCAGGCCGUAUCCGAGCCAAACAAUCACCUCCACUGAGAUGGAACGAGCCCAUCGCUGCUGGAUUGCAUAGACUCUUAGAUCGGCGCUCGCUUGACCGCUGUCAUGUCCUCCGUGACCUCCGUUUUCCAAUGCGAAAUCUCUCCUGCCCAAGUCCCCAGCUACCCAUCGAUUCCAUUUUUUCCGGAGAUUUUAUCCUUCAUCCCCCACCACUGCCGAAAUAAGACUCUUCAUAGGCCUCUGUCACCAUAACACUUUGAUCACCUUCUGAUGGAAUCCGGCUCUUGUCGAUUUGAACAAAAAUAUCAGUGCCGUUACACACCCACACCGAUAACUUGAAGAAGAUGCAAGUCUUUAAAAGCAUACCAAAGUACAAUUACUUUAUUGACUAGAUUGAAUUUAGAAAUGUCAGGGAACAAAACCCUCUUCCGUUUUCAAGAUGCAAGCUUAAAAACGUCCUCAUGCAUAUGAAGGGCUCAGAAGCGUAACUUCACAAAUGUAAGAGAAAAACAUACGUUGUCAAGGCUACAGUAAUCGAUAAAUUGCGAUUGUAUAUUAAUUAAGCGCACCCAGAGACAUUAAUGAGAUUAUUGUGCUGACUGUUUUGUUCGCGGUGGUUGCAUCCUGAGGGGACUAUUUUGGGAAGCCGUAUCUAGAACUGGGCUAAAGAAUUGCUUAAAAAACUUUAUGCUCUAUUGCAGACUUUUAAGUUAGAGAAAAAAAAAAAUCACAUGUAAUGCUUUCCUUUUAAAACUUCCUGUUUUUAAGGUAAUUAAUAAGCAUUUACAAGUCUGAGCUAGAAUAUACUCAUUGUUGCAAUAAAGUGGAUCUUAUCAUGGAA